AUGGCCAUGACGCCGUCCGAACAGAAGCGCAGCUCGACUGGCAGUCGCGUGUUGGGCAUGACGGGCCCAGCAGGCGAGCCCGGCCUGCCACCCUCGCGACCGUCGUCGAUUGCGACUGCCAAUUCGGGCAGCCAGAACAGAUGGUCCCAGGCCAGCCCUGCACGACGAGGAGGCGGCAUGAGCGUCGCCGGCAGUCUAGGACACAGCCGCCCAACGACGUCUGCCAGUAGAACCCAUGUUCCGCUGGCAGCCCACGGCUUCUUUCGCCCCAUGAGCUCGCAGCGUCUUCAACAACAACGCAACCAGCGCCCCAAUUCCCUCCUCGGCCACGGCUCGCUCUAUUCCGACGCUACACACGAAACGGGCAGCAAUCCGUACCGCCAGAGUACAGGCUCUACGCAAACAAUUCGGCACGGCGCCCCAACCCUGGGCCUCCAUCACGAGCUGGAUCCGCAGCCUCCGCCGUCGCGCGGCACCGACAUCACCGAUAGAGACAUGCCCGACCGCACCACAGCCAACACCACGCCCACGGGCGCAGAAACAGUGCGCAGUCGAGGCGAGAGCAUCACUCCCCUGCAGCGACCCAGGCCUCAGCACCUGGAUCUCUCUAAUGUUCAUGGCCACGAUUCCGGCAAGCUCCCAACGCCCAGCAAAUCGCCCCGCUCUUUCGGUUCCAGCUUCAUGUUGUCCAGUCGCGACGGACGCUCAGCCCAAAUACGACCCCAUCAAGGACACGAGAAACUCACCUCUGCCGAGUCGUCACCCAGAAUAGCCCGCAAAGAAGCUACUAAGGAGGCAGUCAAGCGGGAGCUCGGCAGGAACUACCAGUACUUCUCUGGCAAUACCGCGUUUUGCUGGGGCGAUACUUCCCCGAAAUCUACAUCCAUUCCCCCCUCCUAA